GCUUUUGUUUCGAAUUAGGCCACCGGAUGUACUUGUAGCUACCACUUUUAAGUGAGAUUUCAAAUUUAUUUAGUUAGAUCGUAUCAAUAAUUAUAAUUUGUAUCAAUAGCAUUAUCUUAGCCAAAACUAGGUGAAAUAUAUGCCUUGUCCAUUCAUUCAUUUGGUAAGUUCGUUUUGAAAAUAAGGAGGUAGAAAUACAAUUAGUAACGACUCUUAGUACAACUAGUGAUGCCUGUCCACUAGGCGUACUUUUCGCUCGUUACCUUAACUUUGUUAAUGAAUUAGAUGGAAGUCACGAUUCAUUGAAAACGCUACUCAAGCAAGAGGGAAACAAUAUGUAUGGCUCAGAAGAGGUACAUCUCGCUCAAAAAAUAGAGUAUGAAUACUCGACGGAUGAUCUAAACUUUCUUCCACCUGGCCAAAACAGUUACUUUAAAUUACCCUCCGUUCGGACACGGAAAACUAUUUUAAAAAUUGCGAUAGCAGCGGCAUUUGUACUUUUAUGCAUCGUCCUUGCAUAUCUUUUACUCCAUCGGAAACAUUUAGACACAACGUUUACAGUAAUUAACAGUAACGAUACUUUUUCAGGUCUUGCCUUACAUACUCCAUCAAACAGCAAUCACUUGAUUAAAUUCAACACCUUCAUUAAAGCAUCUUAUCAGCCAUACUCGGAAAACAUUGAAACAAUUCUUCAAGAAUACUGGCAUGAGUAUGUCAACAACUCACAUUUAGAAGAUUGUUCAGUGUCUGGACUACACUCAAAGAAAGAAAAUUGUAUUUAUUGGCAGCAAGACCUUGGUAGCUGUAUUCACCUACAGAAUUAUGGUUAUGCAGAAGGUAGACCCUGCAUUCUUUUGUCACUUGAACUGCCUGAAAAUACAUUACCUUUCCCUUACAAGAAAAGCAACCCUGUUGUUAAAAAAUACUUAACUGGCAUAUGGUCUAAAGAUCAUGUUCCAGUUACCUGCACUGGAGAGACAGAAGCAGACACAAGAUAUUUAAUCACACAGGACCCCAUUUUCAAUAAUUCUAUCACUUAUUCACCAUUAAAAGGGUACUCUUUAGAUUUCUUCCCACAAUUGAGGAGUCCUCACUAUCGAGCCCCAUUGCUUAUGGUGCAGUUUAAUACCUUACAACCUGGAUUAACAGUUCAUGUUCGAUGUAGAGUUUGGGCAAUAUACAAGAAUGCUACAAAAGCAAUCAAAUCGGUGGUCAAAUUUCGACUACAUAUGAACUAACUCAUGAAAUAUUCAUAAGUAGCCACAUUAAUAAAGAUUGAUACUCAUUAUUUUCACAGUGUAGUCAAGUAGUUUCAAAUGGUUUAAAACAGGUAUAUACAACACUGGGCUUUAGUUUAUGUAGUUUAAUGUUAAAAGAGAUUGAAAAAUAUUAAGUUUUAAGGUCAGUAAGUUUGUAGAAAUUGUGAAGUACCAAAUUAACAGCUUUCUAGAUUUUUAAUUCAAACUGAAAAAAAACCAACAAGAAAAAACCAAAGAAAACUAGCAUUUCUAAGUAUAAAUUUAACUUUGUUUAAAUAUGCUGUAGUUGUAGAUGAUACUGGUAUUAAAGCAGAAAUAGAGAUGACCUUUUCAGGUUUGUUUUCCAUCUGCUUUGUUGCUUCAGUUAGAAAACUGUUGAAACACAAGCUUUGUAGUCAAUGUCUCAGAGAAAAAAAUUAUAUAUUAAAGAGAUUAAUGAACAUAAUUUUUCCAGUUUGAAUUUCUUAUUAAUGUGCUCAUUCUAGAAUAAAACUACAGUUUCAUCUAAAAUCUCUUUGAAAAUAAUAUACUUCAUUAGAUUAAGACAAUAGGGAUGUGGCUAGAUCCCCAUCUAACUGACAAAUUUUGAAACUACAUCUGCAAAAAAUGAGAGUAAAAAAACUAAUCAAUUAAAAUUUGAAUCUCAGAAUUCUAUGCCCCAUCUGAGGACCUCAGAAUUCUAUGCUCCAUCAUCUGAGGAGCUCAGAAUUCUAUGCCCCAUCUGAGGAGCUCAGAAUUCUAUGCCGCAUCUCAGGAGCUCAACCUUGUUAAAUUGAUAGGCUGUAGAAACUGUUUCAAUGUACAUUUUGAGAAGAAGCAUUUAAUCCUAUCACUAAAUGGAAAAUUCCAAAAGUUUGCACUUCCAUGCUAAUUGGCAUCUGGAAAGG